AUGAGCCCAUCGCCCGGGGACUAUCCCGGUAGAACUGUUCCGGAAUGGUUGGACCACGAGAAUCUACACGGCCGUUUAUACUAUCUGACCCUGAAAGCUGGAAACGGAUACGAGCUACCAAAAAAUCCAUUUGUGAUCUCGCGAUUUAUUGCAGAUCAUGUAGGGGCCAUUGAAGGAGGAUUUAUAGAACGCAGGAAUAACUGGUACGUGCUGAAGAUCAGAAAUAAAGAUCAGAUUAGAUUGCUUGCCAAGUUAACUCAACUCGGAAACGGCACCCCAAUUUCGGUUGGCCGUCAUCCUCAAUUAAACCAAAAGAAAUUUGUCGUUACAUGUAGAGACGUAGAAGGCAUGUCAGAUGAGGAACUUUUAAAAGAACUAACUCCGCAAAAAAUCAUUAAUGUCAGACGUAUCACCAAAAAACGGCUACGGGAGUUCAUAAUCAAAAACACGAAACCACCGCAACAACCGAACCAACAGCAGCAGCGGCAACAACAACAACAACAAGUAAACCAACAGAAACGCACGAGAUUGGACAACAAUACACCACCUCAACGACCGUCAGCCGAAGCACCAAAGCAGAAACAAAAUCUCUCCAAGAAAUCAUCGCUUUCAUCAUCGGCAGCUCUCAAAAGCAAAAGAGUCCGAACUAUUUUCACACCUGAACAACUAGAACGACUGGAAGCCGAAUUCGAACGCCAGCAGUAUAUGGUCGGCCCGGAGCGCCUAUAUUUGGCCCAUACCCUGCAGCUCACUGAAGCACAGGUCAAAGUAUGGUUCCAAAACCGACGGAUAAAAUGGCGCAAGCAUCAUCUGGAAAUCACCCAACAAAGGUUAGCCCUGAUCCGGCAACGCCAGAUUGCCAGCGGCGUUGUUCCAUCACAAAUGGGGGCUGGGUUGAAUGUCGGUGAGCAAGUGUCCCAUUCUCCUGCGCCAGCCAAUCAACAACAACAGCAACAUCAGCUAACCACCAAUAGCAGCGGACGGUUGACUUACGGUGGAGGAGCGGAAUCUCCAGAAUUGACCAUUUGUACCGAUUCUCUUGAUGCUCGAAGUGUGAGCGAAAGUGAUGACUAGAAGCACUCCUGGUUUGGUGCACUCAAUACAGGGAUAUUUAUAAAUGUUUGUUUUAAGUUUCAAUAAAAUGUACUUAUUUAUGUAAAUAAUUGAAAUUCAAUUGAUUUUUUAUAAUUUUUCAUACUGAAUCUCAGUUUCAGCUAGAAGCUUGAAACAACCUUCACACUUUCCCUUUCUUACUGUCAAUACAAUUUCUAAAAUCCUUGCCUCUCAAUAAUUUUACUCUUAAUUUGUCAAUGGCAUAUCAUUACUUUAAUUUUUAUAAUGUUUAAAAUGUGAAAACAAUAUUGUAAUACAAAAUAAAACAUUGUGUAGACGGUAGAAAAAAUGUGAAUAAAAUGU